AUGUCCUUCAAGCCGUUUAAUGUCCUCACCACCAAUGCCGUGGACCUGCAACGGCUCCUCACAAGCAAGCAAAUCACCAGCAUCCAGAUCGUCCAGCAAUACUUUGACCAAAUAGACCGCCAUGAACCGUUUCUCAACGCGCUCAUCUCUCCCGCCCCUCGCAAUAAAGUGUUACGAGUCGCCGCAGCCCUCGACGAGGAGCGCAGCAAUGGAAGCGUUCGUAGCCCGUUUCACGGAAUCCCCAUCGUCCUCAAGGACUGCUUCAUGACGGCUUCCAGCCUUGGCAUGAGCACAACCGCAGGAUCAUGGGCGUUUGUCGGAGCCAAGGCGUCCAAGAAUUCUGCGAUUGCGCAGCUGUUGAUUGACGCUGGCUUGAUCAUUAUAGGGAAAGGCAAUAUGACGUCCCCAGGAGGAUCCUCCACUGGUUCUGCCGUCGCCGUCGCCGCCGGCUUCAGUCCCCUCGCCAUGGGAUCAGAAACGAUUGGCUCGAUCGUCACACCGUCCACGCGAGCUGGCCUAUACGCUCUCAAAAUUACCACUGGUGUUCUGGAUACGACGGGCGUGUAUACAAUGACAGACUUCUUCGACAGCGUGGGCCCCAUGGCAAAGAGCUCUGCUGACGUGCGAACAUUGACCGAGAUUCUUCUGCAGCGCACAUUCAAACGUGACAAGUGGGGGACUUGGGAAGGCCUUUCUGUUGGAUUUCUCGAUCCUAGAGAGUGGAAAAUUGCCGAGACAAUGUGUCCACAGCAUGAGGGCACUGCCGAACAAAUGGUCGAAGAAUACGAAGCUGCUGUCAAACUGCUGCAAGAAAAUGGCUGCUCAUUGAAGUACCCCGUCAAGGUCGGGGACCUCGAUGGAACAAGUGUAGAUGGAGAACGGGCCACUAUGCGCAUCGCAUUCUGGGAGUUCAAAAACGUAGGCAUACGUCGCUUCAUCGAUGCCUUUGACGAAUGCCCCGUCCGCAGUGCCGAAGAUAUCGUCAAGUUUAACAAAGAGAAUAGCGAUAAAGCAAUGCCCGCACCAUACACUGAGCAAGGAGACCUCGAAAAGACACUCACAUACAACGACGAGCCAGAGAAGCUUGAGGCGCUGAGGAAAGAUGUUCGAAGUGCCGCCCAAGCGAUCAUCCACACCGCGUUCAAUUCUCAGGGCGUAAACCUCCUCGUCGCCCCUGGCGAUAGCUCUCUGUGUAUACAUGCCGCUGCUGCAGGGUAUCCCAUCGCCACCGCGCCCAUCGGUCAGUUGAGAUACAAUGGACGCCCGUUUGGCCUGUGUGUGCUGGCCAGGGCAAACGAGGAAGAGCUGCUUCUGCGCUUCAUGGCUGCGUAUGAGGCGGUGGCUAAGCCUCGUCCUGUACCCGAUCUGUGA